AUGGUCCGCCAAAACAACAACGCUGGCGAGGGACGGGCGAGGGCAAGGGCGGACGAGGAUGUUGAUCAAAAAAAGUAUCUUGAGGAUUCUUGUCAACCUAAAUGCGUGAAGCCUUUAAUUGAAUAUCAGGCGUGUGUGAAGAGGAUUGAAGGUGAUGACAGUGGUUACAAGCAUUGUACAGGCCAAUACUUUGACUACAUAUCUUGUGUCGACAAAUGUGUCGCGCCAAAGUUAUUUGGAAAGCUCAAGUAA